AUGUCUGACAGCAUCAAUUUUCGUGACGCUGGAUAUAAUUUUACUACGAUUCUUAAACGAUUGGAAGCAGCAACCUCUCGUUUAGAGGAUCUAGUGGAAAGUGGCCAUGAACCUCUUCCAAACUUGCAUCGGCCUUCAAGAGAUCACAACGCUCAGACUCAUAACAUUUCGUUUGGCUCCUAUGCCUCCCAGAAUGGUGGUACCAGUAGCCCUGCCAUCGCUGCUGUUAAGGAAAAUGCUUCUCCUAGCGUAACACCUCGUCAGGGUGGUAGCAGCUCAAGUACUGAUUCUGAUUUAAAUUCUCCCUCCAUCGCUGCAUAUGAUGAGUUUUGUUCCAAACACCUGAAUGAGUAUAUUCAAUUAAGCAAGAAGCUCGGUGGACUUGUUGAACAACAAAGUAAGCAUGUUGAAAAAGCGUUCAAGCUGUUACGGGGUAUCUUGGUAGUGGCCAUGAAAGCAAAGAAACCGGACUAUGAGUCUCCUGAAUUUUUCGAGUUUUUGAAACCUAUUCAAUCCGAACUCCUUAGUACUACGAAUAUUCGUGAUGAAAACCGCACUGCUCCUGAGUUUAAUCAGCUCUCUACCGUUAUGAGCGGUAUCAGCGUCUUGGGUUGGGUCACCAUUGAACCUGCACCUGUUUCUUUCAUGUCAGAAAUGAAGGAUUCCUCCCAAUUUUAUGCAAACCGCGUUUUAAAGGAUUUCAAGGGGAAAGACGAGCUUCAAGUUUCUUGGGUCCGUUCUUACCUUACUUUGUUGGCAAGCAACAAGAUGAAUCUCCAAGCAAUUCAACUUCCGGAGCAAGUGGCUUGCCUCCUCCUCCCCCCUCCUCCUCCACCAUCCAAUGAGUUUUGGAAAGACAAGGAAGAGCCAAAGGAAGAAGGAAAGACUGACAUGGGUGCCGUCUUUGCUGAAAUUAAUAAAGGAGAGAACAUCACCUCUGGUCUUCGAAAAGUUGAUAAGAGUGAAAUGACACAUAAGAACCCUGACUUACGAAAGACCGGUCCUACUCCUGGUCCUAAGCCCAAGAUGCCAUCUUCGGAUGCCAAGCAAGAAGCAGCUACUCCAGCUAACUCAACAAAAGCACCACGUAUUGAGUUGGAGAAUACCAAAUGGUUCGUCGAAAAUCAAGUCAACAACCAUAGUAUUGUAUUGGAAGGCGUUGAAUUGAAGCACACUGUUCAAAUCCUUGACUGUUCCAACUGCACUUUAAUCAUCAAGGGAAAGCUCAACGCUGUAUCCUUGUCAAACUGCAAGCGUACAAGUGUUGUCGUCGACACUUUGGUUGCCGCGUUUGAAGUUACCAAAUGUAGUAACUUCGGCUGUCAAGUCAUGGAUUACGUUCCUAUGAUUGUUGUCGAUCAGUGUGAUGGAGGAGCCGUUUAUUUGAGCAAAAAUUCUUUAAGUACCGAGAUUACUACUAGCAAAUCAUCCGGUUUGAACGUGAAUGUUCCUGUUGACGAUGGCGACUAUGCCGAACGUGCUAUCCCUGAACAAGUUAAGCACAGGAUUAACGAAAAGGGAGAGCUUGUUUCCGAAAUCGUUCGUCAUGAAUAA